AUGAGUGAAAGCUCGCAUACGCAAAAAAAUUCGUCGCGAGUGAACAUUCUGCUGCCCCGGGGGGAAAAGUCUCGAAAGAGAGGCACGGAAGUGUGCCAAAAGCUACGGAAAGGAAAGCCAAAACUUGGAAACAGCCAGACCACACCACGUGCAUCUUUGCACCAGACCAUCCGACAGCAAAUUCGGCUCUGUGUCGGCAAAAGGGCCGACAAGAAACAGAUCAACUCGUCCAAUCGGCUCCAGUCUGCGUUCCAUCGCCGCACUGGUAGCGAAGUAAUCCCGGCGAACCAGGGCCGAAUCCGUUCGCUCUUCGUCGCCGCACCAGUGGCGUAAGAAUUCCGGUGGUACCGCUGCCGAUCCGGACAGGAUUGCAUCGCCGCAGCAAGGAGCAAACAUCCGGUGGAACCUCCGCCGAAGCAAAAGGCCUCAGACCGCCGCAGCAGGCGAAUAUCGGGUGAAGCAGCCGCCGAAAUUCCUUGCCUCAUCAGUGGCGUAACAUUCGGU